GUCACCAGCGCGUUUCCGUCCAGGACACAUCUCGGCUUCCGUAGAUACAGUUUCCGGUUCCGUGUAAACAACGUAGGUGUGGGGCAUGCCGCCGGUACACCGUUCCCGAAGCCGCAGUCCGGUCUCACCGCGGAAGCGACAUCGUAGCAGUAGCAGCGACAGGUCCCCGGAGAAGAAGAGCCGGAGAUCCAAGUCCCGAGAACGGGGCGCCAGCAAUGGCCACCGCCGGAGCCGCUCCAGAGAGCGCGCCCCCUCCAGCCGGUCCUACCAUGGCAAACAGUGGGGGGACUACUACGAGAAGGGGAAGGAGGAGAUGAUGAGACAGAGGCAGGAGGCCUUUAUAGCCAGAAAGAAAUCUAAGAAAAAGAGAAGCAAGAAGACCAGAAAAGAGUCCAGUGAUUCAAGUAGUGAAGAAUCAGAUGAAGACCAGAUACAGGAAGAUGUUUGGAUAGAGAGAACAAAGGUUAAUCCUGAUGACAUGGAAUUUGUUGGGCCUGAAGCUCCACUAACACAUUUGUCCCAGGAUGAUAAACCACUAAACUAUGGUCAUGCUUUGCUACCCGGUGAAGGUGCAGCUAUGGCAGAGUAUGUAAAGGCUGGUAAGCGUAUCCCAAGGAGAGGUGAAAUUGGCCUGACAAGUGAUGAAAUUGCCUCUUUUGAGAAGUCUGGUUAUGUCAUGAGUGGAAGCAGGCAUCGUCGUAUGGAGGCUGUCCGUCUGCGUAAGGAGAACCAGAUUUAUAGUGCAGAUGAGAAGAGGGCCCUGGCUUCCUUCAACCAAGAGGAGAGGCGAAAGAGAGAAAAUAAGAUCUUGUCAAGUUUCAGGGAGAUGGUUUACAGAAAAACCAAGGGAAAGGAAGACAAAUAAGAAUCUCAGUGGGCAAGACUUUACAGUGUUCACUCUAGUCCGUUUCAAAGCUUAUCGAGGAAACGGUGGAGCUCUUGUUUUCUUUUCCAAUGGGAACUUCAUGAACUCCUUGUAUAUAGACUCUUACUGUACACAUACAAUAUUCUGACUAUUCUGUUAUUGUUCUGUUAAGAUUUAUAAUGGGAACAUGUGGUCUGUUUAAUGAUUUUAAAUAACUUAUUAAAAAAACUGUAAAAUAUUUAAUGAACCAUAGAAACUCUUUAGUAUUGCACUUGAUGGAAACCUGUUUCAUGAGGGUUUCAUGAGAAAAGUUUUGGCCUAUUUUUUUCCACCAAGGCUGUUUCUUUCUUUAAAUAGGUGGCCGUGAAGUGGCGAGUGGGCUUGUACCUUUUGAUCAAAAUGUAUACUAACAACUUGUUUUUGAAUUUAUGCUGAGAAGCAAUUAGAUCAAAAUGCAACAUGUAGAUGUGCGACCAUGUCUUUUUUCUACUUGAAUAAACAUUGGGGGAGAUUUAUCAAAACCUGUGCAGAGGAAAACUUGC